CUGUUCAAGUGAAACAAACGCAUGGCUGUCAUUUUCUGAGACAACAUGUCUAUAACAACUUGCCAGAAGGUUACUCUUAUAUCAUGCUCUGUUCUCUGCAUUUCCCUUUUCCUGCCCAGAAUGCUUUUACCCAGAGGGAAAAAAGAGAUGGAGCAUCCUGAGGUUGGACCCGGAUUCUACCGUCCUGUGAUGCAUCGGUUGCCAUCACCAGAGGACUCGGACGAGUGGGGUGUGGAACUUUCACACUCGAUGACUCACAGUGCAGAGGCUAUGGCCAAAGUAAAAAUCAUCGGUCGAGGCAAAAAAUACAACCUGAUGGCUCAAGUGAUACCAAUAUAUGGCUUUGGGAUCCUUCUUUACAUCAUCUAUAUAAUCUACAAGUUGACUUGUAAAAAGAAGACUACUAAAUCAAGAAACUACUCCACAGUUAUCAAGACAGACAUCAAGUGUAAGAUUAUAACAAAUUAUGAGCUUGCCAAGCUUCAGGAGAGACUACUGGAAACAGAAACGAAGAUUGAGAGGCUUGCUUCAAGAAAGAGCAGUGGUUCUGGGAGUGGCAGAAGGAGGAAGAGUAAAGCUUCAACAUCAAAGAAGGAGGAGAAAUUACUCAGGCAACUUCGACAGAUAACACAGCUGAUACAAGAAGGUCGGCUGGAGGGAGCCUCCCCGGAGAUGGAGGCUGAGGAGGUUCCCUAUGGUGCAGACUGGGAAGGCUACCCGGAGGAGACCUACCCAGAAUAUGAGGUUCCCUAUGACAGACGUGGAUUCGACACCAUUACACUGCCGGAAACCCGCUACCAGCUCACUGCUGAGGCCCUGGCCGAGAGGAUGGAGCAAGAGGAGGAAGAGAUUAUGGCAAGGAAGCUAUCUAUAGUACACGAGGAGGAUGAAGCAGAAGGGGAAGAUGGAGAGGAAGACAGAGAGGAAGACGAGGUGGACGAUGAAAAUGAAGACGAAGAAGUUGAGGAAGCAGUAGAAGACAUAGAGGAGGAGGAAGGGGAGGAGGAGGAGGAGGAGGUAGAAGAAGAGGAGGCAGAGAAAAGGCAGUUGCUCAGUCCUCGUAUAUCGAGGCCUGCGGCAGAAAGAAAGCAGGAGAGACUCGGUUUAGAGGUGAGCAAAGAGCUACAGUAUCGCAAUGGAGGGAAGAAGCAAAUUAGCUUCAACGACCACCAAGAUGUGUUCCACUACCCCAAAGAGGGCACUUAUGAGGAGGAGGAGGACGAGGAGGAGGACGAGGAGGAUGAGGAGGACGAGGAGGACGAGGGGACAGAGGUAGAAGAGGAGGAGGAAGCUGAUGAAGAUGAUCCAGUGAUGGAAGCAGAGAGUCUGCAGUUCAGUUGUGAAGGAUGCCCCAACCCGGAGGAAGAAGCAGAGGAGGACAAAGAGGAGUAUUCGUUAUUGUCUGCCCCUGAGGAGGGUGACGAUCCUAUACAAGCAGACAUGCCCAAAGAAGUUGGAGUGAGCGGGCUGCGGAUGCGGAACCGGAGAGAGACGUAAAGCACUCCUCCUUAAGCGAAAAUUUGAUUUUGAACAUUCAGAGAACUCAAUGUUCCUUACAUUGUGCUGUGAUUAUUUAUUAUCCUUUGUGUGUAGAAUGUAGAACACAAGCUAAAAAAAAAAAAGGUGUGAUGCCGAUCUUACCUUUUUCUUUUUACAAAAUUGAACGAAAAUAUAAAUCUCCUUUCACACUAACAUUAUAGUAAGAGCUUCUGAAGAUUGUACUGACAAACAAACCAAGGCUCAAGCGGCAGUUCAGCAGUUAAAGUUGUAUUUUAUCAUUCAGAUUGCUCCCUGUAUGUCCAAAACUGAUUUUGAAUGACAGUGGUUAUGUUAUAUUUCACAAUCAAGGACACAAGCUGUUCCUAUUUUAAAGGUCCUGCAACCCCUAUAGAGGCUUGCCUGAUAAGCCAUCUUUUUCAUGCCAAUAUGACAUACCUGUAGAUCCUAUUUAAGAAAAAUACAUAAUUUUAAUGUUAGGUUGACAGCUGGGAGGAAACUGGAAUACCUGGAGGCCAAACACAGGCAGGUUAGGUUGACUGGUGACUAUAAAUUGCCCGUAGGUGUGAAUAUAGGCAUGAAUAAUUGUUUGUCUUUGCGUGUCAGCCCUGUGGUCCUCUUGUCAGCUGGGAUGGGCUCUGGCCCCCUUGCGACCCUCAAAGAUAAGCAAUUAAGCUAAUGGAUGGAUGGAUGAACAGCUUUUACAACAACCUUGGCAUCUUUUAUUUCGUGAUGCUUGUCAAUACGUGUUCAAUAAAAAUGUCUAAGACUAGCUCAUUUUCUGGUUGGGACUCGCAAAUUAAAUUUAAAACAUGAUGAUCAAAGACGGUUGAUAGCCAUUCAACAGAGGCUUAGGCUGAAUCUUAUUUUCAGAGGAACAGAGAAAUCGACGAGUGGAAAUAAUGGUAUGAUCAAGCAGCACCAAACUCUGUGGUCUGAUUGUGCAAAAAUGAACAGCAGAAAAACAAAAGAAUGGGAGAAAUACAAUUAAACAUAAGAUAUGCAGUCACAAUAAGAUCCAAUAACUCAUUUCAACAUUGCUGUAAAAUUACUCAACGAGGAACCACUGGCAUUGCUCAGAACAAGGUGACUGAUUGACUGGUACUGGAAGAGUUGGUAUCUUUAUCGUUGCCAUGAUU